ACAUCGCUUUUUAAUUUAUACUAUUUUACUUGAUUUUAUUUUUCUUUAUACUUGACAUUAUUUAUUGUCGAAACAGAAAUGUGGGCAUUGAACUUCAGGAUAUUUCGAAAUAUUUGAAACAUCGCCUGCGUUCUAUUUUUUUCAGCGAAUAUUUUAUACACUUCGUAGAGUUCCAAAUGUAAUUGCAUUCGUCCUCGGUGAUUCAAGAGUGAUUUUAUUAAUAUACCAAAUUCAUUUCUUGGACGAUCAGAAAUGUUAGUUGGGGCAAUUCAGGGCGGCGAACAAUAUCAUCGGCGAGCAACGAUGUUUCACUGGCGCCUCUCGCGGGAGCUCGCGAAACCAAACUUUUAACGUCGCAGAAAUUCUGCGAUAGGAUCACUCGUACCAUCUCUGCUUCUAUCCUGAUAACAGUAAUGAAAUUUCUAUCAUGAUCGAUUUCAAUGUUCGUCGCUCAACAGAGUUUGUUUGUUGCAUAAUGGAUAACGGUGCUAUCGAGUUGGAUAUCAUUUUAAUGAAAUGCGUAUAACUCGGCGGCGCGAAGUUCCAAGACGAGUGAAGUAUUUAAACUAGUUAGGGAACAUGAAGUCGCGAACUUUCAACGGUUAACACCUGUUUUAACAGGCAACUUAUACUUCGCCUAAUGAAAUUUCAGGAAUUCUGUACACAGUUCUAGCCCGGCAUCGUCGCGAGCUUCGCUCAUUGAAUAGCAAAAAUGCAGCCGCGCCGUAGCUUCUCGUCGUAAUGAGAUGCACCGUUAACGCAAUUUGCGUGGCAGGCUGUUUCUUGACAGCCGGUGAUAUGAAUUGUGAUAAUUCUUCAAGGCUCGCGGAUAUUCUGCGCGGGACACGGGAAGCGUGACUCCUCGGGCAUUCGUGUGACGCUCGGACGCGUGGAUCAACUUCGAGUUGGAGAAACGUGACGAACGUUAUGUGCAUUCAUCUGAAAUCUUGUAGAGAUAACUCGCGUGAAAAUCGAUCCUCGACCGAUAAGGGAGCAUUAUGUUUUAACGUGACGGUGCUGAUACUUAUCGCUGUGGUUACAAUCGCGGUUGUGAACUUCUGGAUCUUCCUGGACCAGCCGAAAGUUCGGAUCGGCGAGGGUUACAUCAUGGGGACGACAAUGCGAACGAGAAACGGACGGAAAAUAUUUGCUUUUCUUGGAGUGCCUUAUGCCGAACCACCGCUUCGGAAUUUGAGGUUUCGUAAUCCUGUACCAAAGAAUGCAUGGGGAGGAACUUUAAAAGCUCACGAAGAGGGUCAUCAGUGCUUGCAAUUUCACGGGAACAAUAUUGUAGGAGACGAAAAUUGUUUAACACUAAAUAUUUAUACCCCGAAGGUAAAGAGAAGCAACUUACCUGUAUUGGUGUUCAUUCACGGCGGUGGAUACCUAACGGGCAAUUCGAGUCACUAUCUUUACGGGCUAGAUCACUUGCUGGACAAAGAUCUUUUACUUGUCACCCUGAACUACCGAUUAGGCCCUUUCGGGUUUCUUAGUACUGGAGAUGCUGCAGCUUCUGGUAACUUCGGGUUAAAGGACCAAGUACUGGCACUGAAAUGGGUGUGGAGGAAUAUCCGUGCCUUCGGUGGCAACCGGAAAGAAAUAACAUUGGUUGGUCAAAACGUAGGUGCCACGUGCGCUCAUCUACACUCACUUUCGAACAGUUCAAAACACUUGUUCAAUAAUUACAUCGAGCAAAGUGAAAUCGCUAUGCCGUCGUUGGCGUUUCGUUUCAGCAGUUCCUAUUUCGACGCUGCGAAAAGGCUCGGCGCAAGGAACGAUUGUCCAACCAACGAUUCGUAUUUAUUAGUGAGCUGUCUAAAACGUUUGACUGCUCGCGAAUUAAUGAAGACUUCGUCGGUUUUCACACGAGUACAAGAACUCGUGGAGGCAGAAUGGGGCCCGGUGGUGGAGCCGAAAUCUAGGGGAGCAUUUUUGACAGAAUCCCCUCUGAUUUUGGUAGACAGAUGUCAGCUGAAAAAUAGUUCGAUUAUGAUGGGGUUCAUUUCGGACGAAGCUUUUCCAAUUUUGCAAAAUCUGUAUCACAACGAAACUGCAUAUAAUCUCUUCGCACGCGAUCCAUUGUCUUUAAUGGUUGAACUAUUGGACAACAUUUAUUUCCUGAGAAGUAAGAAUACCACGCGCAUAGCAAUCGAGGCGAAACAAUUUUAUUUGGGAGUCCAAAUGCCGACAGAUAAAGCUCAGGUGCUACGCGGAAUUUCACAAUUUAUGGCAGACGUAAUCGUGCUAUACCCCUCAGCGUACUAUAUCAAAUAUGUAACAGAGCAUUGUGGACAGAAAAUUUAUGUGUAUCUGCUUAACUAUCGCGGUACUUCGAGUACAUUAUUCAAUCCCGAGAAUUAUGAGAAAUUGUCUGUUGGUCGUACGGACGACCCUGUCUAUUUAUUUCCACGAAAUUUGACAUACGGAGAUGUAAAUUACGAUUUCGAGCGGGCAUCGUCUGCUCGCAAUAUCAGCGAUCUUAUCGUAGAUUUCUGGACGUCCUUUGUAAUCACGAGUGUCCCAACGUCGAACCUUUUGAAAGAACCGUCAUUGUGGAAGCCUUACGCGAACAACAGCUCGUUUCUUCAAAUAGGAAACACUUCAGACGCCACAACAACGUUGCAGACUUCGUUUUUUGAGGAACGAAUGAGGUUUGUGCAUAAUAUGUAUUAUUACACUUAGAGUUCGUAAUUGUAGUAAUAAUAAUUGUUAUGCUAUAUGAAAUAUUUCUAACUAUUUCCCGACUGCAAGUAGCAUGAAAAGAAAGGAUUGUAACGAGGUGUGGAGGAAAAUGUAAUUCGUACAGAUGUGUUAAGGUUUUAUAAGGCAUUGCAGGUUUGAGCUGUUACAUAAAAAGAUAAAAUUAUAAAAAUAAAAUAUUGGAUACUAAUUUA